ACGACAUCCAACCUGUACUGCUCGUUCACUGAUUAACUUUCAGCUCGAACGGAAUUUUGAUUUCGUGAGCGUGUAUAAUGUAUUUGGAGAUGAAAUGGGAACCGUGAUAGAUCGAUGGAGUGGGACAGAAUUGCCUGCAUCAGUCCAAUCAACGAGCAACGCUCUGCGAAUAUACAUGAAAACGGAUGGUUCAGUUGCACACAAGGGUUUCGCAGUAAAGUACCAAACAAGAAAUACAAAGUGCAGAAUCAACUCUGACCGCCCCGAUUCAUACAUCGAAUCUUAUGGUUAUGCUUUGGGCUACCCGGAAAAGUUGAACCUGACAUGGCACAUUUCGCAAACAGAAGGAUGUACAAUUCGCAUAGACUUCAGGAAGUUCAAGCUUGGUGGAUUUGGGAAUUUUCUGGGGGUAUACCAUGGACAACGGCAUGCGAGUAGAAGUCUUACAAUAUGGGCUGGAAAUACAUUGCCACCGUCGGUUGAGUCAACAAGCAACAAACUAGUGGUCGAGUGGAUCAAUGAUGGCUUGGACAGAAGAAACGAGUUUUCUGCGCAUUACAGUUCUGGUGAGUUCAACUCUUA